GGACACCCGUGCUGGGGGCUGCCAACGCGGAGGUGCAACCAUGGUGCUGUCCGGGACUGACAAGACCAACGUGAAGGGCAUCUUCAGCAAGAUCAGCAGCCAUGCCGAAGAGUAUGGAGCUGAAACCCUGGAGAGGAUGUUCAUCACCUACCCCCAGACCAAGACCUACUUCCCCCACUUUGACCUGCACCACGGCUCUGCUCAGAUCAAGGCACAUGGCAAGAAGGUGGCGAACGCCCUGAUUGAGGCUGUCAACCACAUUGAUGACAUCUCUGGGGCCCUCUCCAAGCUCAGCGACCUCCACGCCCAAAAGCUCCGCGUGGACCCUGUGAACUUCAAACUGCUGGGCCAGUGCUUCCUGGUGGUGGUGGCCAUCCAUCACCCCUCUGCCCUGACCCCGGAGGUCCAUGCUUCCCUGGACAAGUUCCUGUGUGCCGUGUCUGCCGUGCUGACUGCCAAAUACCGUUAGACAGCACCGUGGCUGGAGCUGGCCCCAACUCACUGCCAGCCCUCCAACAGCGAGCAGCCAAAUGAUCUGAAAUAAAAUCUAUUGCAUUUGUGCUCCAA